UAGAUACAGAACAAUACAUAUUUUCUUUGUGUUACUUAAGGCGUAAUAAUGGACCCAGAGCGAAACGUAAAGCGGCUGCGAAAACUGUUUGGAGUUUCGCGCACCAUCCUGAAAAGAGCUGCACGUAGACCUAGUGUUAGCGAUCAAGAACGAGAAGAGCAGCAGAGGAAACGCUUCCAAUUGUUACGAGAAUUGCGUCAACAACGUAUUUCUAGCCUUGGAGCUAAUCAGAGAUAUGUCCUGGAGAUCUGUGCGGACAUGUCAGGUGUAGAUACGGAAGAAGUGGUUACGGGAAUCGUCGAUGAGAGUAAAUAUGUCGAAAAUUUAAACGGAUUAUUUGAAGAAAAAGGGCCUUUGGCAAUAAUGCUUUGUAAUGCAUAUAUGAUUGGAUAUCCACCAGAGUCGGGACGUUAUCAGGAAAAAUUAAAGUACACAGUGGUACAAAGAACGAUAUGUUCACGAGCCGAUACAGUAGAUAUGAUUGGUAAAUGGAUGGUUGUGUAUAGACAACAAAACGAGAGGUCAAUUGACAACAGAACAGUUAGUGAUGACAUCGGACUAUUUUUAAUUAAUUCGGAUGAUCGAAGUUCGUGUUUAAACGUGGUAAAAUUGUUUAUGGAUCAAGUCCUCAAACCAUCUAUUGAGGCUGUUACUGAAUUUGGUCUUGCCGAAAAGGAACAACUGCAGAAAUUUUUUCAUAUUUUAAAUAUGUACAACACUUUCUUAAAAUCAUCUGAUACUACUGUCUCUACUCUGGUGAAUUUUGAUGUAUCCCACGAACUUUUUAAGGGUUUCUUGCUUGUACGUUGGCAAAUCGAAGCAAGUUCGAAAAUUGUGUCCCGUGUGCGAUUGGUGGAAAGAUAUUUUCAACAAUGGCUUCGGCAGAUUCAAAGUAUUUUAGUUGAGGGAAAACAGAUACAACGAGAUACUCCCGAUGCAGGUCCAUUACAAAUGCUAGUAAAUUGGCGUCGAAUGUUGGCGAGAUACACAUCGAUAACCGAAUUCGUUACGUCAAGAGCUUUCAAUAACCACAAAGAUUGCCUAACUUUGUCUCGUUCAUCAAAACUUUUAAAUCGAUGGGCUGAGAUCGACAAUCAAGUAACAUUGGCACUAAACGAAGCCAAAGAUAAUGUGAGAUAUAUAUCGUCUUUGCAGAAAUUUUGGGAUCCCCUUUAUCGGUCAUCUCCAGACGAUAUUAUUAGCAGUCUUCCUGGUUUAAUGGUAGCUAUAAGAAAUGUUUCAAAAACCGCACACUAUUUAAAUACACCUGUUAAUGUUACUGGCCUUAUGGUUAAAAUAUCGAAUCAAAUAACUAUAACAAGCAAAAACUAUAUUACUGAUAAUGAACAUCGUAGUCUUUGGGACAUUUCAUCAUCUGAACUUAUUGAAAAAAUUGAAAAGUGUAAAGAGGUUAUUUAUAACUAUAAAAAUAUUUAUGUUCACACUGUUGAAGAGAUGAAAAACAGCAAUGAGAAGCCUUGGAUUGUUUCCUCUGUCUACAUUUUCACUUGUCUAGAGAAGUUCUUACAACGACUCGAUAAAAUUAAAUGGAUAGCUAACACGGAAAUAACAUACUCAAUUUUAGAUCGGAUUAUGAUAAGUGGUAUGGAAAAGUUUAAUUCAAUGAUAAAAGGUGCCCGAAUUACUAUAAGCAGUCAGAUGUAUGAUCCCCUUAAUUAUCGUAUUGACAAUUUUGAUAUGGAUUUUAACAAAUUUGUUAAAGAAGUUGAAGAAGCUGAAGUUGAAAUGCAACAGUUUGUGAAACUGCUUUCUACGGAAUGCCCAUCUGCGGAGUCAGUAAUGCUAGUACUAAAGCGUUUUGAGGCCUUAAGUUUAGAGUGCCUAUGUUUAGAUCGUCGGUAUUUGGAAGUUGCAGAAAUGCUGGAAAAGGAAAUGUUCUUACUUAAAGAUGUUUAUAAUGAAGAACGCGGAAAUCCAUUUAUUCCUCGUAAUCUUCCUCCGUUUGCCGGCCGAAUUGUUUGGAUUCGUUCCAUAUUUAAAAAAAUCGAUAUACCAGUACAAGCACUCAAAUUACGACAAUGUGUUCUUGCUCAUAAAAAAGCGCAGCGAACGGUCAGAUACUAUAAUUAUAUGAAUGGAAUUAUAUGUCAUUAUGAGAUGGCCUAUCAUAAAGCGUGGUUUGACUAUGUGGAGGAAUUUCGCUGCCUCCUUAAUGCCCCUAUUAUGACAAUUAGCAAAGACGAAGCCCUAUAUACUGUUAAUUUAGAUCGCUCAAUUUUACAACUAAUGUCAGAGACAGAAUGGAUGUGGAAGCUACAUUUAGAAGUCCCUAAUAUGGCGGCUACCGUAACCUAUUGCAAAGAUCGUAUACUGCAACCAGCUACAACUUUAAAACUAACACUGCAGCGUUUUGAUCGAUUACGAGAAUCUCUAACACCAGUAUUUAUCAAUAUAAUGCGUUUUCGUCUACAAGAAGUAUCAAUUUUGUUAAAGCCAUCACUAUCAUUUAUCACUUGGAUAUCUGAAAAUCUGCAGGAUAAUGUUGAAAAAAUUUGUCACAAAAUAAAAGACGUGGAAAUAUUUUUCAAUAUGAUUCUUGAUAUUGAAGAGCAACGAAUUUUAAAAGAAAUGUAUAGCGUGUCAGAAUUUCUAUACAUAUACGUCCCUGAAGAACCUGUUUCUUCAUAUAAGUUUCUUGAAGAGAGCAACAAACUGAGGGCAGAAAUAGGUAAUGUAUAUGAGACACAUUGCUUCCAUUAA